AUGGAGUCGUUUGUCAAUGGGGUUGAUUCUUCAUCAAAGACUCACAAUUCAGCAUGCAGUGACCCGCUUUCCACGUCUUUCAUACCUCGCCCUUCUCGGCCUCCAGCUCUGAAACAAUCUAGAUAUGAAGUGGCUUCUUCCGGUGCAUACUAUGCAAGUUCUCAAAAUCAUGGCAUCAAAUCUGUCCACCAUUCAAAUGGUUCUGUAAUCUAUCCGAAGAAUUCCCACAAAACAGCUCAUGAUAGCAUCCAGCAUGAAGAAUUGCUCAAUACGGCAAAAUAUUUCUUUAGUCCUCAUAAGGGAAAAUCUGAGUUUGCGAGGUUCACUGAAGUUGUUAGUAAAUCAGCAGAAACUUCUCAUGAGACUAAGGUUUCAAUGGUGGAGAAAAAUUCCUGCAUCAAACAUCCCAUGGAUGAUCCAAAGAGCUCUAAUUCAAGUGGCUCGCUUGAUUCUGAAAGUACUGUCUUGGGUCCAUCCGAAGCAGAUGCUGGGCAGCUUCACGACCACAUAGCAUCCCAAUCAGCUUUAAGCUUCUGUCCAAGUCCUUCAAACAGCAUCUAUACUGCCACUCUCUAUGCAGAAGCCAAGCAAAGUUUCACCAACACAGAAGUAAGUGAAGAAGCAAGCAUUGUUGAGAAGUCUGUUGAAAGUAGUGAAGUAAGCAACUCUUAUGAUAACGAGAGCAGGAAAAUGAGCCUCUAUAGGGGCAGCACUGAUAGUGAUGUUAGUGAUGAAAGCAGUUCCAGUAGUUUAAGCAGUGCAUUAUACAAGCCCCAUAAGGCAAAUGAUAUAAGAUGGGAAGCAAUUCAAGCCGUCCGAUCUCAUGUGGGAGCAUUGGGGUUCAAUCACUUUAAAUUGUUGAAGAGACUGGGUUGCGGAGAUAUAGGCAGUGUUUAUCUAUCAGAAUUGAGUGGUACUAGGACUUGUUUUGCAAUGAAAGUUAUGGAUAAAGCAGCUCUAGAAGCACGGAAGAAGCUUUUAAGGGCUCAGACAGAAAGAGAGAUCCUUCAAUCUCUGGAUCAUCCAUUUCUGCCCACGCUGUAUUCACAUUUUGAAACAGAAAAGUUCUCUUGUUUGGUAAUGGAGUUCUGCCCUGGUGGGGACUUGCAUGCACUGAGGCAACGACAACCUGGGAAGUAUUUUCCAGAGCAUGCUGUCAGGUUUUAUGUUGCAGAAGUGCUCCUUGCUUUGGAAUACUUGCACAUGCUUGGGAUCAUUUACAGAGACCUCAAACCAGAGAAUGUUUUGGUGAGGGAAGAUGGGCAUAUAAUGCUUUCAGAUUUUGAUCUCUCACUAAGAUGUGCUGUCUGCCCUACUCUGGUAAAAUCUUCGAACUCCAGCUCAGAGUCGAAGAAUUCAGCAUACUGUGUGCAACCUGCUUGCAUUGAGCCAACUUGUGUAAUGCAACCAGAUUGCAUCCAACCAGCAUGUUUUGGACCACGCUUCUUCUCAGGCAAAGCCAAGAAAGGUAAAAAGAGCAAGUCUAAGAAUGAGAUGAAUCAUCAAGUAAACCCUCUGCCUGAGCUCAUUGCUGAACCGACAAAUGCUCGAUCAAUGUCUUUUGUGGGUACGCAUGAGUACUUGGCGCCUGAAAUAAUUAAAGGUGAAGGGCAUGGAAGUGCUGUAGAUUGGUGGACAUUUGGGAUCUUUCUCUAUGAGCUUUUGUUUGGUAAAACUCCUUUCAAGGGAGCAGGAAAUCGAGCUACACUAUUUAAUGUGGUUGGCCAGCCAUUAAGAUUUCCAGAAUCACCUACUGUGAGCUUUGCAGCUAGGGACUUGAUCAGAGGUUUACUUGUGAAGGAGCCACAGCAUCGUCUUGCUUAUAGACGGGGAGCCACUGAAAUAAAACAGCAUCCAUUCUUUCAGAGCAUAAACUGGGCACUCAUUCGUUGCACAAACCCCCCGGAGGUGCCAAAACAAGCAAUAAUGGAAUUUCUAAUGAGAGCUGACGCUCCAAAAGCGCCCACAGCUGCAAAUGUGCCAGGUGUUGAUGUGAAGCCUUCUGGUAAUUAUUUAGAGAUAGAUUUCUUUUAG